AUGGCGAUACUGUAUGGGACAGUUCUUGACCGAUACCCCUCGCCCAUCUCAUCUGGGGACGUAGCCAGCCAUCAUUUUUUGAUAGUCGGGACGCGUGAUCAUGUCAGAUUCGGUGAGGGACCACGUGCCUUUCCGUUGAACAUCUUCUACUCUUUCAUUGCGGUUACGGUUGUGCCUGGCCUGGCUAUGGAUGCUGGACUGGUAAAGAUGGGCCCUGGUUACAACCUGACCUGUUAA